UUUUCAAAUUUGUCGCCAGUUCCGGCGCCCGUACACCCAAUGUCACAGGGACCGGAACACGGAAGCCAGAUGCCGACAUCGGCCGGAGGAGAUGGCCGGGGAUGCUACAGGGGACACAUCGCGGGAGCGAAGGACAAGGUAAGUGCUGUAGGGAAUCCCUGUGCAGCGCCGCAUGGUAAGCCCGAGUGUAGCUCGGGGGUUACCGCUUUUGGUACUGAAACUCUACCCCGAGCUACACUCGGGAAUACCGCUAGGGAGGUUAAAGGAACAUUGGGGGAGAUUGACUAAAACUGGUGCAAUUAGAAUCUGGUGCAGCUGUGCAUGUUAGCCAAUCAGCUUCUAACUUCAGCUUCUUCAGUUAAGCUUUGGCAAUAAAACCUGAAAGCUGAUUGGUUCCUAU